AUGUCCGUCCCUCAGACUAUGAAGGCCGUCCAGGUCGAAAAGCUGGGCGGUCCCGAGGUCCUCGAGUUCAAAGCCGACCAGCCCGUGCCCAGUGCCCAGGAGGGCCAAGUGCUGGUCAAGAACCACAUCUCGGGCGUGAACUACAUCGACACCUACUUCCGGACCGGACUGUACCCGUCCGCGAAGCCCGAGAUCCUCGGGCGGGAGGGCGCCGGCACCAUCGUGGCGCUGGGCCCGGGGCCCAACCCGUACAACCUGCAGGUUGGGGAUCGGGUCGCCUGGCUCAGCACGGGCGGCUACGCCGAGUACACUGCCGUGCCCAUGGCCAAGACGGUCAAGAUCCCCGAGGGACUCUCCGACGAGGACGUGAUGGCCGCGUUCCUGAGCGGCCUAACCGUCAUCACCCUGGCCAAGGAGACCUACCCGGUCAAGCAGGGCGAGUGGGUGCUGCUGCAUGCUGCCGCGGGCGGGGCGGGCACCCUCAUGACGCAGGUGCUCAAGUCGAUCGGCGCCAAGGUCAUCGGCACGGCCGGGGGUCCGGAGAAGUGCGAGCUGGCCAAGAGCCUCGGCGCGGAUGUGGUGAUCGACUACCGCAGUGAGGCCGGCAAGGACUGGCCCCAGAAGGUCAAGGAGAUCACGGGGGGUCAGGGUGUGGAUGUGGUCUUCGACUCCGUCGGCAAGGACACCUGGGAGGGAAGCUUGGAGGCCGUGAAGCGCAAGGGUACCAUCGUCUGGUUCGGUAAUGCCAGUGGUCCGGUGCCACCGUUGCCUCUACAGAAGCUCUCCCCCAAGUGUGUCAAGGUUGCUCGACCUCAGCUGUUCGGCUACAUUGAGACUCGCGAGGAGUUUGAGUUCUACGUCAACGAGCUCUUCUCGUUGCUCCAGUCAAACAAGCUCAAGGCUAGAGUCCAUAAGGUCUAUCCUUUGGAGGAUGUCGCCGAGGCACACCGUGAUCUGGAAGGCCGUAAGACCACCGGAAAAUUGCUUCUGAAGUCGUCUUAGGCUUGAUGCUGUUGAUCAUAAUGAGUGUAUGUUCGUUGAAGAUGGUAAUACUAGGCUUCUAUAUAAGAGAUUUGAACAAUC